CUGUGGUAAUACCGGCUCCAGCAGGACAGGUAGGGGGUGAGACUGAUCUCCACUGGGUCAGGGGUCACACUGCCUACGUCACAAGCUCCUAAGAUGGCGUUUUGAUGACGACGGGAGAAGUGAGGACCCCUGCCCUUGUUUACAAGUGAAACCGAUGCAAAACAUCAAGGGUAUGCGAUGGAGCUCCCAAACUACGCCAAUCAACUGCUUCUCCAGCUCAAUCAGCAGCGCUCCAAGGGCUUCCUGUGCGAUGUCAUCAUCAUGGUUGAAAACACGCUCUUCCGGGCCCACAAAAGUGUCCUCGCCGCCACCAGCCACUACUUCAAGUCCCUUGUCCUUCAUGAUAACCUCAUCCACCUCGACCCUGACAUGGUGGAUCCAGUUGUUUUCCAGGAAAUUCUGGAUUUCAUUUACACCGGCAAGUUGGCAGAAGAGACCUUUGAUGGUGUGGAUAUAAGCUCUCUGCUCACCACAGCUAACUUUCUCCAGCUCAAUGACCUCGCAAACCUCUGCUCCAGUAAGAUCAACCAAAAUGGGUCCCUCAUUAGUGGUGCUCGUGGAAGCUCCAAGCUUUCAAUUCACUUGUACGAAGACCACUCAUCAGACACUGAAACAUACACGUGUAUGACGCCUCCCAAAAAACGGCAUAAGGCCGAAAGUAGAUGCAUUUCAAGGAAAAAGCAGGAGGUGUUGUUGGAUUUGUCUAAGAAAAAUUUAAAUUCUGAGACAACAGCUACCGAAGAAAUUUUUCAGUCUAGACCCAUCUCCAACAAUAUGCAGCUGGCAAUAAAUAUGAAGUGUGUUCCAAAGGAAGAGAAGUGGAUAAUUCCUUUGGAUGGAGCUCAGGAAAGAAAAAGGGGGGGAUCCCGAAGAAAAUCUAAGGUCAAUGGUUACAUUCCUCCUAGCAGGUCUGGAAGUCAAUCAAGCCAGAAUCAGACCUUCACUUUACAGUUGUCUGUAAAGAAAGAGAAAGGAAUUGGAGGGAAAAUAGAUGAAAUUGAGGGCCAAAAAUCAAACAAUGGCAGCACCAAUUUUGUUUAUCAAAAGGAGACCUUUCUCAAAGAAGCUGAAGGGGAAAACCCUUAUGUUUGUAUCCCAUGCGAAAAGGGUUUUCCCUCCUCGGAGAGUCUUAAAUCCCAUGUGGAAAGCCAUUUGGAUGAAGAUGUGGAUGUGAAGGUUGAGGAUGAGGAGGAAGAGGAACGUGACAGAGAGCCUGGAGUUACCAGAGUCUCACCAGAAACUUCCGAAAGCCUGGAUCAAAGUCCAUUAAAGUCCCUCAAAGAUGUCGACACUGUGCGUCCCUUCCCUUGCAGCAUUUGUGGAAAGAUGUUCACGCAGCGCGGCACUAUGACCCGCCACAUGCGCAGCCACCUCGGUCUAAAGCCAUUUGCGUGUGAGGAGUGUGGCAUGCGCUUUACCAGGCAGUACCGACUCACUGAGCACAUGCGUGUCCAUUCAGGGGAGAAACCAUAUAAGUGCCAGGUCUGUGGUGGGAAAUUUACGCAACAAAGAAACCUCAUUAGUCAUAUGCGGAUGCAUACCUCAGUAUCUUAGAACAGAUCAAAGACCUAAACUAGGAUAACACAGAUGCCCACAGUUCUCCAUAGUGCUUUGGUUUGGGUUUUUUAACUAGGGUUCAGUUUUCCAACAAAUUCUCCAGAACAUCACAAAGAUUCCUCUAAAUCUUCUUUACAGGGGUUUCCUUUUUGAGCUAAUGAACGGUUUAGUCUUACCCACAAAUCUUCUAUGAUUCUGCAAAGAGUCAUCUUGGUUAAAAAGGAAACCUCUGUAGUGUAAUCUACAACACGUGUCGAACUCUGGUCCUGGAGGGCCACUGUCCUGCAGAGUGUUGCUUCAAAACACCUGUCUGGAAGUUUUGAGUAAUCCUAAAGACCUUGAUUGGCUAGUUCA